CAUCUUUCUCUAUACAUAUGGAGAGUACGUAACAUAUGAUUCUCUUCAUUCUUUCUUUUACUACUAUUCUCUUUCUUCUAUACUGCUUUUUUCACAUGGUGGUGGCUCAUCAGCCUUGUCCGCCGUCUAGCCGCCAAGAAAAAGAAAAAUUACGUGACAUUGAGCUUCCUAUAAUAGACCUUUUGGGCGAGAGAUCAGAAGUGUCAAAGCUCAUUGUCAAAGCCUCUGAAAACUUUGGUUUCUUCAAAGUCAUCAACCAUGGUGUCCCUGAACAUGUCAUUAAAGUAAUGGAAGAUGAAAGCUACCGAUUUUUCUCUAAACCGGCUUCCGAAAAACAACGUGCUGGACCGGCCAAUCCAUAUGGGUAUGGCUGCAAGAACAUAGGGUUCAAUGGAGAUUAUGGAGAAGUUGAAUAUUUGCUUUUUCAUACCAACCCUUUGUCUAUCUCUCAAACAUCCAAAACUAUUUCCAAUGACCCAACCCUAUUUAGGUGUGCAGUGAAUGGUUACGUAGAAGCAGUUAGGGAGUUGGCAUGUGAGAUAUUGGAGCUGAUGGCAGAAGGAUUAAGGGUCCCAGACACCUCAGUGUUGAGCAACUUCCUUAAGGACUAUGAUUCUGACUCUCUCCUCAGGCUCAAUCACUAUCCCCCUUUGCCCCCACUCCAACUCCUCCAGCUUCUCAACACGUCUCCUAACCAACCACCAUCCAGAAUUGGUUUUGGAGAGCAUACUGACCCUCAGAUCUUGACCAUCUUGAGAUCCAACGACGUUGCUGGCCUUCAAAUCUCACCUCAAGAAGGUUUGUGGGUCCCUGUCUCCCCUCACCCUUCUACUGCCUUCUGCGUCAAUGUGGGUGACGCCUUACAGGCACUGACGAAUGGAAGGUUUUUGAGUGUGAGGCAUAGGGCCAUGGUGAAUUCUUGCAGAACGAGGAUGUCAAUGGCCUACUUUGGAGCUCCAGCCCCCAAUGCCAGGAUAGCUUGUCCCCCUGAGCUGCUCUCACCACAAAUACCUUAUCUCUACAGGCCUUUCACUUGGGAUGAGUAUAAGAAAGCUACUUAUUCCAGGAAGCUUGGAGACACUCGCCUACACUUCUUUAGGGUGCAAUCAGAUCUUAGUGAAUGAAGGAAUAAAAAGAAAAUGAGGCUUCAAUGGUUGUGUACAUCCCCAAAGGGGAGUUUUGUUUCCGCCCUUUCCCCCCUCUGUUUUUGGCUAACAGAUUUUUAACUAUUUACUAGGAGUACUAGCUUUAAUAUUCAGUUUCGGAAAAAAACGGAUUUGGUUUUCUUGUACUUUGAUGAAAAGGUAAAUGGAACUUUAUUUCGGAA